CACUUAUCAGUUGUUUUGGUGGGGACGGCGGCGCAGGUCGGUCCUUCUUUCGCAUCGGCCCUGCAGUGUCCUUGAGCACGAACGCGGCCCGCAACAGCCAAGAUGUUGAUGCCCAAAGCAAACCGAGUAGCCAUCUACGAAUACCUCUUCAAAGAGGGUGUAAUGGUAGCUGAGUGUGAUCUCUUCCUGCCCAAACAUCCUGCUUUGGAGAAGAGUAUUCCAAACCUUCAUGUCAUUAAGGCUCUCCAGAGUUUGAAGUCCCGUGGCUAUGUAGAGCAGAACUUUGCUUGGCGCCACUACUACUGGAGGCUCACCAAUGAGGGUAUCCAGUACCUGCGAGAGUAUCUCCACCUUCCCUCUGAGAUUGUGCCAGCGACACUGAAGAAGCCAACAAGGCCUGAAGGUAGGCCCAGGCCCAUUCACCCACGUCCUGAGGGUCCACGCAGUGAAGGUUCCAGGGAAGCAUACAGGAGAGCUCCCCCAGGUGCCGACAAGACUGGUGAUGCUGGUGCAGGAUCUGCUUCAAUGGAAUUCCGUGCUGGUUUUGGCCGUGGCAAGAAAACUCAGUAAAAUGUAAAGUAAUAAAGCGAGAAAGA